GAGCAAAAGUCAGUGUGGAUUGUCACAUGACGUCUUGAUUUAUAACUCAUUCCCUAUUCUUGCUUCCGUAUCACUUGGUUUGGAAAUCAGUGCCAGUAGCGCGAACAAUUCCGGUUUUGGCGACAUCACGUGAUAUUUCGAGCGCGACAUGCCGGAAGGAGGCUGAACAGCAGGAGAGCUGAGCCAGAAUGGAGUCUGAAGGAGCUGUGGACCAGUCCUCCAGAGAGUCUUCACCUGAGAAAGGAGCAGAGGUAUAUCCUGUGAGCGAUCCUCAGCAUCUGGUGGAGGAAUUGGUGAAUGAGGACUGUGUAGAGAAACUCAGUGAAGGUCUGAUAUCAUCCUACCUUCCAGAUCUACAGCGCUCCAGAGACACUCUACAGGAGCUCACACAAAAUCAGGCGGUGCUGCUCGACACCCUGGAGCAGGAAAUCACCAAGUUUAAAGACUGUAACUCCACCAUCGACCUGAACACACUGUUCUCAGAGGCUAAAGUGUAUCACAGUAAGCUGGUGAACAUACGUCGAGAGAUGAUCAACCUGCAUGAUAAAACGUCCAAACUGAAGAAGCGAGCUCUGAAGCUGCAGCAGCAGAAACAAAAGGAGGCAUUGGAUCGAGAGCAGCAGAGGGAGAAAGAGCUGGAGAGAGAGAGACAACUCAUCGCUAAACCGGCCAAACGCACCUGAACACACACACACACACACACACACACACGUAGUGAUUUGGGACAGACAGAUACCGCCACGCUCAGUUGUGAAAGAGGAGAAGGAGCAGCUCAUACUGCAGUUAGGAGCAGAACUCGGUUUUGCCACUAGGGGGUGACAGGCGUUCUAUAAACGUUAAUGGGUUAGUAUUAUGUUUUAUAUGUAUAACUGCCACACACACACACACACACACACACACACACACACAUUCAACUUAACCUUGUGUGUAUGUUGACUUUAUCAGUGAUGUAUAAUGAUAUAAUGUAAUGGAGUGAUUUGUAGGGUAUGUGUAAAUGAAACAGUUUUUACACUGGA